AUGCGUGCCAUGGUUGUUGCCGUUGUCGCCCUUCUCGCCGUGGUGCUUCGGGCGCCAUUCCAGUGGCCGCAGGAUGGACACUUCACCUCAAUCAAUCCAUCGAGCGGCAGGAUCGGUGAGUGGCGCCAAUCGACAGGAGCCGGUGCGUCCAAGAGUCAGGGCUUCCUGAACUACCAAGCGGAUCUGCAAGACUCGCCGUGCCUGCGGCAGUGA